AUGAAUGCACACUUGGCUCCAGCUGAAAAUAAAGACAAAAGCAACAGUAUGAAAACAUUGGGCAGAUUAGAAAUCAAAACAAACACGACUGUGAGUUUUUCUCUUUGCUUGGUUUGCUCUAACAUUUUGAAGCCAAGUCUAAUACAGCAUGAGCGUUUUGAGAAAGGUGAAGACUUAAGGGAGAAGUACACUAUGUUUCCCAGUGCCCUUAUCAAGAAGUCAUCAUUAUGUUCUUUUGACUCAAAAGAAAAAUUUUCUACAAACCUCAAGUUAGCAUUAGAACGAAAUCAAAUCCGUAUAUCGCAGUGCAAAGCCCCUCCAGAAAGACAAGGGUGGAUGUGCCAGCCACCAGAUUUUAGCUAUAAAGUAUAUUUAUCUUCACGUAAGCCAGUUGGAAAGUUCCAAGAGCUGAAAAAAAAGGAAAAAAAGAAGACAUUUUUUGAAGAUUUACAUAGAAUAAGAUCAGGAUUGAUUGUCCCAGAGGACAAUCUGGGAAAAACAAAAGAAGAGGACAAGCAAACAAAGAUUGUUACCAGGUUUCCUUAUACAGGCUCCUUUGAAUCCAAGUUAAUGUUUAUGAAGAUGGGAAAAUGUACUAGCAACAUAUACCAAGAUCCCAAACCAUAUGACUUCAGACAGUAUGAACAAAGAAGACCAGAUUUUGUGACAAGUUAUGCCAGGGAUCCUUUAAAUCUAAAGUUCAAAUCACAAUGCUUAAGCAAAAUUUAUGGACUGCCUGCUCUGAAAGAUGAAAAAAAAAAGUCCAGCUCAAAAGAAAAAUUCAUCACCCACAAGCCUAAAGAACUGAAGUGGGAUUCAAAGCUAUUUCUACCCAAGGAACCUUGGCCUAUGAAGGCUUGUUCCUUUACGAGGCAUAGAUACAAUAGGGGUGCACCUUGUGCAAUUAUAGAUCGUGUAGAAGAAACAUUAAGCAAACUGUUGCUGAAAGAGGCAAUUAAAAAUCAGAAAGAAAUCAGAAGGAAAACAGCAGCAAAUAUAAAGAAAAAAUUACCAAGUAUAUCUGUUCCCAUUCAAAAGCAACAGCUGACUGGAAGGAAGAAAGAAAAAAACUUACCCAAAACACUCCAUUCCCCAUCACUAUCCUUAGGACGAUGUGAAUGGUCAAUGGCUAAGGGCCUGAGCAUUGUAAAGCCAGAACCUUUAGGCUUCUUGCUGCCCACAGGUAUAGCUCAAACUGUACAGGAGCUGAAAUACAAGGAAUGA